GAUUUAUUCAUGCGUUGAUGGUUUGAUUUUCAAAUGUUAAAAUAGUUGCAUUUUUUUUUCUAAAAUUAUUAAGAUGGGAGAUUUAGUUCCACUCAGAAGGCAGAUUCGUCUGGCAAGAAGGAAGCCUAUACAAUCAGAAACAGUGCAAGCGCCACUAGAACUCAAGAUAAACCGAGAUGUCGAGGAAACUACAACUCUGCAAUCGUUGGAUGUUCCACCCAGAAGGCUGAUUCGCCUGGCAAAAAGGAGACCUAUACAAUCAGAAACAGUGCAAGCGCCACUAGAACUCAAGAUAAAUCGAGAUGUCGGGGAAACUACAACUCUGCAAUCGUUGGAUGAUGUCAUUAAGAUAAAUACCGUUAAGAAGAACCUUCAAUCAAUAAAAGUACAUUCGAUAAAGAAAAAAAGAGCUCAGGAAAUUUAUUACAAAAAAAAUGCCACUUCAGGUGUUAGUCCUAUGCUACGUGAUGGUCAAAAGCGACCUAUUAAACAACGAAUAGGUAAAUUACCAUGCACUGAUGUUGAUACUUCUACACCAAAAAUACAUUUUAACAAAAAUUUUACCCUCCGCAAUACUAUUCGCAAAAGACGUAUACCAAAUAAUUAUGCGCAGAUGCGUUUAAAUAGAAUUAGAGAAAAACAGAGAUUACAGUCUACGAUACAACACGAUUUAACAGUGAAUGGUCAAAAGUCAGUAAUUCGAUUAAAGCGUAGAAUACCCAACUUUAAAAUUAAAAUAAAAAAUGAUCGCGUCCUGAAUUCAAAUAUUAAAAGAUUUAAGUUAGAGCUCAAUGAGGAAAUUCAACAACAAUUACAAGAUCUUAAAAAAAGUUAUCGUGGGGAGAAAAUAACGACUGUUCAUAUUAUUCCUGAAACGACUGGUAUCCAGAUUGAUACUAGAUUUUCCAAUUUAAGCUAAUUUCUUUUACCAUGUUACUAAGAAGUGAACAGUAGCACACAGCUGUGUUACAUUUUGAAAAGGAUUUAUUAGAAAAGAAAACAUGGUUUAAAUAGGAAUUUUAAUAUAAUAAAACAUAUUUUUGGAAACUUAAUUUGCACUGACGCAAUUAUAUACCUAGCAGAAGAACG